AAGCUGUAGGAUAUUGGAAAUGUAGCUUAAAUGUGCUGCCUAAUAUAAAGGUUAAAACCUAUGAAUAAUCCUUAUCUUUGCCAUUUAGUGUUUCAAAGUGGUGAGGACAUCAAUCUGGGAAUGCCUGAGCUGUGCAGCUCUGAUAAAAUCCUGAGUUUUGUAUCUAUCAAUAACCAUCAUUUGGUUGUAUUUUUGUGAUUCCUCUAUAUGGCUAAUCGACUAGUGGAAUAAAGAUAAAAGAGGCAAAGUCCAGAUAAAUACAAGAGUCCAAGAGCGACCAAACCAAGGAAUUCUAAGCGACUACUGAGGAUAUUGCAAACUGAAAAAAGAUGAGAAAGAAAACAAAUACAAGUCUAAAGGAGAGACUUGCAUUGAAGAACAAACUUGUUAAGGAAAUAUUAGCAGAAUUCCUGGGAACAUUCAUAUUAAUUGUUUUGGGGCUUUCAUCAAUUGCUCAGGCUACACUCAGCGGUGGAACUAAGGGUGAUAUUCUAACAGUAAACAUCAGCUUUUCCAUAGCUGUUGCAAUGGCUGUGUAUGUAGCAGGAGGAAUAUCAGGAGGUCACGUGAACCCCGCUGUGUCAUUAGCCAUGUGUGUGCUUGGAAGACUGGAAUGGAAGAAGCUGCCUCUUUAUGUAAUUUUCCAGUUCCUAGGUGCCUUUGUAGGUUCAGCAACUGUCUUUGGGGUUUAUUAUGAAGCUCUGAUGAAUUAUUCAGGUGGAAUACUUACAGUAACUGGCCCAAAUGCAACAGCACACAUAUUUGCAACAUACCCUGCUCCAUACCUGUCUAUUAUGGGAGGGUUUGUAGAUCAGGUCAUAGGAACAGCUCUCCUACUUCUUGUAAUUCUUGCCCUUUUUGAUAAUAAUAAUCUUAGAGUGCCCAAAGGGCUGGAACCCGUGGUCAUUAGUCUACAUAUUUUGCUGCUUGGCCUUGCACUUGGUAUGAACUGCGGAUGUGCCCUGAAUCCAGCACGUGACCUGUCACCGCGGAUCUUCACUGCAGUUGCAGGAUGGGGGAUGGAGGUUUUCAGGCACCCUGCUCCACCCAUAAGCAAGCCAGUACCUAAUGCCCGUUGAGGACUAAAGGAGCCAUUAAUAGGAACGGCUGCAUCACCCAAUGGACAGCAUCACCAUCCAUAAAAAAAAUUAUAAAGGAUGAAUAAUGCUUAAUCUGCCUAAGCUGAUUGUUACCUUAUUUCUCCCUAAACUAGUGACUUUGUUAGGCAAGGUAGCUGCAGUGAGCGCAGUAUCAAGAAAGCUCAACCCUGUCUACAUUUCCGACCCACUUAUAAGUACCCCCCAUCCUUCACUUUAUAUUUCUCCCGCUAAUAAAUUUAAAACUUGUCUGGUUUACCUUUAUCUCUGUUUCUAACCUUCCCAGUGAGUUAAUCAUCCCCCCUUGUAAAACAGAAAAAGAAAUAAAUAUGUCUAGCAAGGUAAAGACAGCUAACUACAUUCUUACAUUUGGUGAAUACCUUUUUUCCCUUUUCAAAACAAAAACAAAAAAGAAAACAUCAUACUUACAGGUUGUUUUCUUUGGGCAUAUCCCCAGUUUCUGGUGUAGCCCCCCCCCCCCCAUAGUACCUCACUUCCUGGCUAUUGCAGUAUUAUUUCUGCACAUCCCAAGGUGCCAUUUUUAAAUUCCAAUUAUUCCUGCUUAUCUUACCCAGCCGGGUGGCUGCCCUGAUACCGUGCUCACAUGGUAAUCUUGGAUAUUACUGUAAAUUGACUGUUCCUGGUUUCUAAUGUUAUCUUUGUUCCUUAAAAGCCUGUGCAGUUUAGUAACAUAAAGUCCUGUAUCAGAAAAUAGUAUGUAUAUCAUAGCAUUAGCUGUCUGAAACUGAAUUUCUGGUUCUCAUAGCUCACAUUGUAAAUGUGCUGCACCUGUGUUGUGCAAUGUAGUGUAACCUGUGUCUGAACCUCUUAGCUGCAGUGGCACAUUUGGAUGAAAUGAAAAUAAUUAGUUAAUAGUGUUUUAUAAGCAGUUAAUAUUUACAUACUGCUGUUGAUAUUCCACUUUUCCUGCCACAUUUCUAAAUAAGAACUUAGCGACAUUUCAUCUUG